AUGCCACACUACUAUGGUCUCCAUACUGAUAUUCGCGACAUCUGCGCGCCUGUGCCGGACCUGAUGGGCAAGCCCAGGAUAUCCUUCGAGCUGGCGCGUCAGGUCGUCAACCGUGGAGUCAGGAAUUACAACCUCUCCAACGACUUCAUGUUGGCACGGGAGAUGGCCGAGCUGCUGAAGUGCCGUCCUGAGGAUAUCUGGCGCGAACAUGACUUGAGAAAGUCGAUCGUUUGCCAUCACAUCAUGGGAUACGACCCGAGUGCCAUCGCUGCGAAUCAUGACGUGAAUGAGCAGGAUGUCCGUAGCAUCCUUCUAUCCCCUGGAAUUGCCUCGAUCAAUGGUGGCCUUGCCAACUCCCCAGUCGGCCAUCGCCCAAAUCCUUACGGAUGUACUCUGUUCAACAGCAUGCCAGCUCUGCCUCUCACCCCACCCUCGUCCCCACAGUAUGCUGAGCAGGAUCUGGGAAGUAUGGGACACCACAAAGUCACGAGAGAAGAGUCACCGCCACUUGGCCCAACUGGGCAAUCUCUCGGGCUCCAAGACUCGAUGACUUCCGGUCUAGGAUACACCGCUUUACACGGCCAAGCGCUGAAGGAGAAGCAAAAUCGAAAGGACCACAAUACCCUCCUAGAAUCUCUGAAAGAGAAGAAAGAUUAUCUCGAACAUCAUCUUGCACUGUUUGUUCGCAAGUGGCUUGCUGGUAAUGAUUACAACACCGUCAUGCACGACCUAGGUUCCUUUUUCGAGAGGGUCAACGGCUAUCUGGACAAGGAUCCAAUUCCGCUUAAUGACGAUGAUAUUACUUGGCUUGAUUGGCCUCUCGUGGAUCUAGACGACUUCUUCAAGGUCCUUCUCAACGAGGCGCAUCCUGGGUGCCGCUGGAUCGAAGCUACUAGUCUAGAGCUUCGAAAGCUCGGAGCACACAUAGCCACGGCCAGGAAUACUCCAGGUAUAUGUCUGCUCCGCGAGGGACCCUCAUCCGCAUCAGGUCAUCCUGUCCAGGCACAGGCCCCGUUCACGCAGCCAUAUCCACCCCAGCACAGCUCGCAAACAGCAUCCAUGUCAAAUAUCUUUGGGUAUUUAGCUAAGCCCCAGACCACUCCCUUUUCUUCCGCAACCGAACAACAACCGGCACAGAUUCAUACCACGAUGGAGGGCACUGAGGCCAAUACGACUCCACAGUUGGCCGACUCCACGAUAGAAGGCGGCCCGCUACCACAACCAGGCUUCCCUGGCACAUUCGGACAGCCGCCACAGCAGUCGAAAGUUGCUCAGAACUCACCCUUCACCAACCCGAUGCCAGGUCAUCUAGGGUCUUCUCCAUUUGGCCAACCCACAGCCCCGCAGCAGCCGAGCGGGUUCGAGCUCAACCCCCAGCAGAGUUCUCCGGACGCUAUCCACGAGGCGUUCCUCACGUAUGCGGAGCACAAAUCCAAGGAUCUCGUCAAAAGUAGCAAAGCGGUAAUGAAGAGAAUUGCCAACGGCAAAGCAUACGAAGUUGAACUUCAUGGCCUGUUGAGUGUUCUGAAGCAGAGCAGGAAAAAGCUCGUUGUUGACAAGAUACCAUUGAAUCAGGGGGACGUUGAAUGGAUUGGCUGGGAUGUAGAGGCUCUCUUAGCCGUCGGUCAGGAACUCCACAACUUUGGUAGCCCUCGUGGCGAUAACGAGGCCGGAAAGACCCUCGAUGAGCUUACUGAGCUCAUUCCGCGGUUACAGACCGCACUUCAGACACCAGGUGUUUGUGUUAUGGUGUCCAAGCCCGCCCAGGAUAGAGCUAGUGUUUCCACCAAGAGCCACCCCGCGCCUACACAGCCAUUGCCAGCGAAUACACGAGGUGGCCUUCCACGACGGAAUGCUGGGCAGGCUUUCAUGAUGGUCUGA